CGUUUCUAUGUCUGAGAUAUUGUUGCGAGUCACCUCUCCGGAGCUAAACUGGACAGUGCUAUGUGGACUCGGCCCAAAAGCAAAAUUUGUGAGGUGUACUGUGUUUCUGCACACGGACACUCUGGCUGUCCAGCUUUACAGAGAGAUGGAGAGUUAAAGCAGUCCAUCGGCUCACUCGGCCCCUCUGCGACAAAGUGUGAAGGUCUGGUGGAUCAAAAAAGAGAGAGGCAGAGAGCGCCAUUGUGUUGUUCUUGGAGAAGACUCAUCUUAGGUCUCCUUCCUUUAGUUCCUUUCACUGCUGCAAUAACAUUGGCUCUCAACUAUUUAACAGCUCCACCUUGUUCACUGUUCUUCCUCGGUGGCAGUGUGGAGUUCCCAAACCUGAGCUUCUCUUUAGAGCUGACCGACCCCGGCUCCCCUCAGUUCCGCCUGCAGGCUCAGGCUUUGGACCCUUAUUUCUUAAGACUCUACGAGUCCACCCCAUGGAGUUCUUACUACGUAUGCUCAGGGAUUACUGCCUUCAGUGAAGGAGAGGAGGGGCUCAGUGUGUUUUACUGGAGCAAAUUCUCAGCCCCCCACAAUGUGGCCCUGGAAAUCCAGAAAUCCAGCCCAGAGAGGCUAAAGCGCAGGCUACCUGGGACCAACAAGGUGCUGCGGUAUAGCCAGAACGAGCAGCGCUACUUCAUGGAGCAAGAAGAUGACAUUCUCCACCUGCUGGACUUGGACUCUGAUGACUCUGAGUCAGGCGACAGAAAUGACAAAAUGAAAAACCCAAAUAGUAUUCAGGGUGGAAAAUGGCAGCUUGGGUUUCAAGCAAUAUCUUUUGAUCUUUACGCCAAGUAUGGAAACAACCGCACCCUGAGUCUUGUGAGUCCCAAGAAGCCAUACUACCAGUGGCGUCUGCGCGUGCCAUCAGGUCAUGUUGUUCGACUGGUUGUCCUCACUCUUCAGGGCGCCACGCCUGGAAGCUGCGCAGCCCACAAGCUCUCUGCAUAUGACUUUCUGUUGCCUUUGCAGAACAAGAUAAUUGCCAGAUGGUGUGGGCUGCCGGUUUCAGGCUCAUCUCCGGUCAUGAAGCUGACCUCUUCCGGUAAUGUGAUGUUGGUGACCUUCUCCUUCAACAGACAGAAAGAUGGAGCAAUCUUUAAAGCGUACUUCCAAGCCAUCCCUAAAGCAGGCUGUGGAGGUUCAAUUUCCUCUUGGAAUGGAUCAAUCUCAUCACCUUACUACCCUUCCUUUUAUCCUCCUAACAUUGACUGCACCUGGACUUUACGGGUCCCUGUGCCAGGAUAUCUAAUUUCAGUGACAAUCGUAACUUUAGACAUUCAAGAUUCACCAUCGUCAGAUGGUUGUGAAAAGGACUGGCUGGAUAUUGCAGGGACAAAACUGUGUAAUCCCCUGCCAGAGAGCAGCAGAAAGAGAGUGUAUUCCUCUCCUCUCUCUAUCCACUUCCACUCUGAUGAAUCCCUCACUCAUAAGGGAUUCUACUUGCUGUACCGAGCCUUCGCUCCAGAGGGGGCUUGUCCUCGUCAGUUUCGAUGUGGAGAUGGUAGCUGUAUCCCUCUGAGGAAGGUGUGUGAUGGGGUGAAGGAUUGUUCAGAUGGACGCGAUGAAACAAAAUGCCCAUCCUGCAAGCCUGGUGAAGCUCCCUGUGGGGAUGGUCAGUGCAGACCUCAGAGCAGCCAGUGUGCUGGUCAGAGCAGCUGUGCAGACAGCAGUGAGGAAGGCAGCUGUGGAGUUAAAUGCUACCACGUUUGUCCAAACAAGGUGUGUUUACCAAAGUCAUCUGUGUGCGAUGGUGUGAUUGACUGCAAGGACCGCAGCGAUGAACUGAAUUGCACCAGGGCAUAUCUAAAGAGUUGCUCCUUGUCUUCCUUCAAAUGUGCCAAUGGAAAGUGUGUCAAUAAGGUGAACCCUGAGUGUGACGGAGUGAAAGACUGCUUUGAUGGCUCUGAUGAACUGCGCUGUGGAUGCGGCACCAGGCCCAGAAAACGGACCAAGAUAGUCGGGGGAUCUGAUGCUGUGGUAGGGUCAUGGCCCUGGCAGGUCAGCCUACAGAUGGAGCGCUAUGGCCACGUCUGUGGAGCCACGCUGGUUUCUAACCGCUGGCUCGUCUCUGCUGCUCACUGCUUCCAAGACUCAGAUGCCAUCAAAUACUCCGAUGCUCGUGCCUGGCGGGCUUACCUGGGCAUGCGUGUGAUGACCAGGGGAAACCACGGAGCAGCAACCAGACUAAUCCGUCGGAUCCUCCUCCACCCCAAGUAUGACCAGUUCACAUCUGACUACGACAUCGCCCUUCUUGAGCUCAGCGCACCAGUUUUCUUUAAUGACUUAGUGCAGCCUGUGUGUGUUCCUGCCUCCUCGCACACUUUCACCACUGGCACCAGCUGCUUUGUCACAGGAUGGGGCGUUCUUGCUGAGGACGGUGAACUGGCGCCUCGUUUGCAAGAAGCUUCUGUGAAGAUUAUUAAUAGGAAAGUCUGUAACAAGCUGUAUGAUGAUGCUGUCACUCCCAGGAUGCUGUGUGCGGGAAAACUGCAGGGAGGCGUGGAUGCAUGCCAGGUCAGUGUUCUGGGGGAUUCAGGAGGUCCGCUGGUGUGCUUAGAGCGAGGGAGACGGUGGUUCUUGGCAGGGAUUGUUAGCUGGGGCGAAGGCUGUGCAAGGCAGAAUCGUCCAGGGGUCUACACCCAGGUGAUCAAGUUCACUGAUUGGAUCCGCCAGCAGACCAAAGGGCAGGUCUGACAAAACAUGAAACUCAAAGGACUAAAGAUCUUCAACAGGACAUUGGUUUCAGAAUUGAAGCCACACAUUUAUUUUUUUUGUCACCAUCUUGGAAUUUGACCGAACUAGAGGAGGCAACACUCUGCCGCAGACUAAUUGGAGUCUUCGCAAUCUGUAGGAUACAGCAUGUUAACGUUCCCAAAAAGAUCUAAAAGAGAUUUAAUAAGUGACAAUCAGAUUGGUUAACUAGAUUGAAAGAUGGAUUUAAAGCAGGAUAUGGUUCAAACAAAUAAAAACAUUAAAGUAUCUUUUUGUUAAGCGGUUCUCUGGAGAGUCUAAAGUGCUCAUUUUCCUACUUGCAGAUACCUUUUUGAACUUAGGUUUGCAAAAACUUAAAAAACGCAAAUAACAGUUAUACAUUUUUGUCAUUUUAAAACAGCAUUGAUUUAAAAGACAUUUGAAAUACAUUCCCAGUGCUUCAUCUGAUAGUUAAUAUUUAUUAAUUAGAAUCAAAAUAAAUAAUUAGAUCAUGCUUUGUUGUUGCAUUUGACUU